CUCUUGCACUGGAUGACGUCUGGCCCGACCAUUCACAUGCGCGUUUCGUUUCUUUCGAGCGUACAAGUAGCUGAGCGUGGAACGGGACAAGGUGAGUAACAGAGGCAGCAUAAGCUCUUUUCAUUCACAAUUGUGCUUUCUGCUAGCUAGCUAGUGACUAAUUAGUACCCCUUUUAAUCACCUUACUAUGGAAUCUCUCAGCUUCCUUCAAAUAGUCGGGCUCAUCGCCCUCGUCGGCGCGGCAUACAACCUCGCAUGGCCCUUCUUCCCCUUCCUCCGCAAAUCCAAACUCGACCGCUACCUCGUCCCUGUCCACGGCAAACCAGCCUGGGCCCUCGUCACCGGCGCAAGCGACGGCAUAGGCAAAGGUCUCGCCAACGAGCUCGCCCGGCGGGGCUUCAACGUCGUCCUCCACGGCCGCAACGACGUCAAGCUGGAAGAGGUGCGGCACAACCUCGCGCUCGCCAAUCCGGACAGGGAGUUCCGCAUCAUGGUGGGCGAUGCCGGGGUUCUCGGAGCCGGGCAGCAGCCGUGGGAUGUUAUGCUUGCGCCGCUGGAGAAUUUGAACCUGCGCGUGCUUGUCAACAAUGUCGGCGGCGGGCCGGCGGAGCCGAUUAUGAGGAGGCUAGAUGAGUCGUCGAUGGAGGAUAUUGCGGCCAACGUGCACAUGAACGCUCUGUUUCCGACGCUGCUCAACGCUAUACUGAUUCCGCGGUUCACUGCAUCGUCGGAGCCCGCGCUGAUUAUCAACGUCGGGUCGCUAUCGGACAACGGGCUACCGCUGCUGUCUUUUUAUAGCGGGAGCAAGGCGUACCUCGGCGCCAUGUCGACGUCCAUGGCAAGGGAGCUGUCGAUGGACGGGUUCGAUGUCGAGGUCAUGGGCGUGCGCAUUGGGGCGGUGGCGACGAAACCGGAGCUGAUGACGCCGCGGGUAUUUUGGCCUUCGGUUGAGGUUAUUGCGAAUGCCAUCUUGGACCGGGUCGGGUGCGGGAGGGCGGUGCUGAUUCCGUACUGGGGCCACGCGGUGCAGAUGGCGUUUCUGGACCUGGUGCCUGCGGCUUUGCAGGAUCCGUUAUACAAGAGGAUCAUGGUGAAGAUGAGGUCUGCGGAGAAGAAGAUGUUCAGCAAGACGAAGUGAGGGCUUUCAAUAACCAUUAACGAAUCUCAGAUGGAGGGUGAGGUUGGUGUCAGAUAGUAAUUUAUGAAGCACGGGUCCUUGGAAUGGCAUUUCUCAGCAGAGCACUGUCAACUUUUUCCAGGCAGUCUCCAGUAUCAGACUGGUAAGAAAAGGGGUAGUCAUCGAUUCAUCUUUCUCAUGCAAGACGUGAGAUGUUGAGACACUAUGAAGUUCCAUAUGCUAAUGUGGG